AUGUUGCAAGUUGCAAUUGGACGAAUUUUCCUCAGGAUUUUCGUCCCGUCAUUACUUGUUACUCCAGUAAUUUUAUUUAAUGUUAAUAAAUAUUUGCUUCUUGUCGCUGCACAUUUCACAAGGUUGAAAUCGUUGUGCAAUUUGUUGUGCUCUUCAUGGACUGUUGCUCUUUGCUCCUCAAACCGGAAAUGUUUCGGUACUGUCAGGUAA